AUGCAGGUGCACUUCCAAGAAGACGGGCGGACCAUCAUCCUACGAGGUGUCAACCUCGCCGAUGGCAAAUUCCCACCCGAGCGCGAAACCCGGCGCCCCGACUCCCUCGACGAAGCCGACACCUGCUCCUUCGUGGACACGCCUUUCCCCCUUUCUUCAGCACCCCAACACCUCGCCAGACUGCGGUACCUAGGCUUCAACGUACUGCGCUUGCCCGUGGUCUGGGAAGCGCUCGAACACGCCGGCCCAGGCAUCUACGACGAGAGGUACAUCUCACACGUCGUGUCUCUGGUCAAACUCUGCAACAAGCACGGCUUCAAAGUCUUGAUCAACCCGCACCAGGACCUGUGGUCGCGGCACUCAGGCGGCAGCGGCGCGCCGCUGUGGACGCUUCACGCGUGCGGGCUCAACCCGGACCAUUUCGCGGAUACGCACGCCAACGUGCGGUACUGCGAGUGGCCCGUGGACAGUCCGCAAAAGGACCCCAAGGCCAUACCGGCCAUGAUGUGGACGACGAACCAUAACCGGCUAGCUACCUCGACUAUCUUCGCGCUGUUCUUUGGGGGGAGGGAUUUCGCGCCCCGGUGUGUCAUUGAUGGGGUUAAUAUUCAGGAUUACCUGCAACAGCACUAUUUUGCCGCAUACUCUCAUUUGUCGGAACGGCUGGGCGAUCUGCCGUUUGGGUAUGAUAGUAUGAAUGAGCCGGAGCCGGGGUAUAUUGGGUGGGCGGACUUGCACAAGAAUGAGCGGGAGAACGCGGCGAAGAUUGGGAGCACGCCUAGUCCGAUCCAGAGUAUGAGGUUGGGCAUGGGGCAGACGCAGACCGUGAAUAAUUUCCGGCUGGGACAGAUGGGACCGCAUAAGACGGGGGAGAUUACACUGAGGCCCAAGGGUACCUGUUGGUUGAAGAUGGAAGACCCGAGGUGGAAGUGGGAGCGCGCUGAGUCAUGGCCGCUUGAUAACUGUGUAUGGGCGCUGCACGGCGUCUGGGAUGUUGAGACGGGUGAGCUCAAGAAACCGGAGUACUUCGCCAGUCUGCCCGAUACAUCAGAGGCGGUGACGUCCGUGGAGAAUGAUUCCGAGGGGCAGUUGUCCUUCAUCUCGUCGUAUUGGCAGGAGUACCACCGGAAAUGGAAGGAGACCCUGCGCCAGCACUCCAAUAAAACCAUCAUCUUCAUCCAACCCUCCGUGUUUUCCUCCCCGCCGCCAACCGAAGACCCUCUCACGGCAUACAGUCCCCACUUCUACGACGGACUAACGGUGAUGCGACGACACUGGCACGAGCGCUGGAACGCCGACGUAGUCGGUAUUCUAAGAGGAAACUACAAAGCCAAAAUGUUCGGGUUGCGCGUCGGCAAGAGCGCCGCCAAGUCAGUCCUCUCGCGACAGCUUGGCGAGCUGGAACAGGACCUCAAAGUCCCUACUCUGAUCGGCGAGAUAGGCAUCCCCUUCAACAUGGACGACUCGAAAGCCUACAAGGACGGUGACUACACCAGCCAGGUCAAGGCCAUGGACGCCCUGCUGAGGGGGUGCGAUGAACACCUGCUCAGCUACGCGCUGUGGGACUACUCGGUGCUUAACUCGCACGAGUGGGGCGACGAGUGGAAUGGCGAAGAUCUAUCCAUCUUCUCUGCGGAAACGGGCUCGUUCCCCAACCAUCCCAUGCUAGCCGGUUUCCGCGGCGCAGCGGGGUGGUGCCGACCACAUGUCUACAGUCUAACUGGCCGGCCGCUGUCGAUGCGGUUUGAGUACAAGACGAGCAAAUUCAGCGUGGAGAUCGAGUCGCAUGCCGAGACGGAGGGGUACGCGUUGAUUUACGUGCCGUGGUUGCAUUACAGGAGGUCGGAUGAUGGUGAGGAGUUGGAUUUGGACAUUCGUAUACUCGAGGGGGAUUGGAGCUUGACGGGGCAGGAACUGAGGUGGAAUUAUAGGAAGGGGGGCAAGUUGGAGUUGGAGAGGGGGGGGGGUGCGUUGACGCCGCAGCAGUUGGGGACUGUGGUUGGGUAUAUUGUUGGGAAGUAG